UACGGAUGGCUUCUUAGAGCUGUGCAUUUAGGAUCAGCAUUAUCAGCAGCUCCCCUUUGCAGGUGAAACACACCUCCACCUUGCUUCUGGCAACACCUCCGUUGGUCGGUUUGCGCUGCUCUCAAAUCGUCACCUCGCUGGCAUCGAGAUGGCGGCAACGGCGUCCUUGAUUUGCUCUGAAACCGUGAGCAGGGUCAGCUCCGUCCUCAACCGAGAAGUGAAGCAGUUUGGGAAGAAAUAUAUGUUUGACAAGAAUGAAGAGACCUGUUGGAAUUCAGAUCAGGGCUCCACCCAGUGGCUGACGCUGGAAUUCCCGCAGGCUGUCCGAGCGUCCCAGAUCCGCGUUCAGUUCCAAGGGGGAUUUGCGAGCCGAAAGUGUACCGUGCAAGGCUGCAGGAAAGGAGAAGACCUUUCCCAGGUUGCUGAAUUCUAUCCCGAAGAUACCAACUCUCUCCAGAGCUUUGCCCUCCAAGAAGCACCGUUAUCGGAUAAACUGAAGAUCAACUUUGAAAACAGCACAGACUUCUUCGGCCGGAUCAUCGUCUACCAGCUCGACGUGUUGGGGGAGAGGUUUUAAUGCCGGAGGACGCACGAUCCGGACGA